AUGGCUUCCCUCCUCCUGUUCCUGCGAGCCAUUGUCAGUGCCAACGACGAGGGACUCACGGGCGCAGCGGCGGAGGAGGAGAAGGAGACGACGACGCAUGAACAGCGGCCGGGGAAGUGGACGUUCCCGUCGACGCGUCCUGCGACGGCACGCUUCGACGGCGGCACGGGCACGGAGGAGGAAGAACGGUGGCUGGUCUCCUGCCUGGAGUGGCCUCGCGUCAAUCGCAAGUCCGCGUGGAUGCAGAUAGUUUGA